AUGGCGGUGGAACGUGAGCAAGAGCUCACACAGCGCUUGUUUGGUGGCACCAAGCGCCCAGCAGAUGAAGAAGCUGGGAUUACUACUCUUGAAGAUAGCGCCUUGUUUACAUUCGAUACGGGCGAUGACAGUGCCGUGGCAGCGGAUGCUACCGAGCAGGUGCUGGAUGAGGCGCAGCCACCAGCUGCCCUAUGGAAAGAUGAAGAUGACGAACGUAUAACUGUUCCAUUGGCCGGCCCACAAGCGCGUGCAUCUGAUGGAUCUGUGCUUGGAACAAAACGUCUGCGCAAGCUACGUACGAGUCCUGGUGAAACGACCAUUUCCGGCGUCGAGUACCAGCGACGCCUUCGCAAACAAUACGAACGCAUGCAUCCACGGCCUGCAUGGGCAUCAGCAUCACAACAAAAAGACCAGUCUGAAUCACCGUGGAAUGCGUCCCUUCUACGUGAUCUCCUCAGCACAGAUCAAGGACUGGUGGAGUCCAAGCGACAUUCACGUCGCUUGCCAUCUGAUCGCCUGGACGUCGAGCGUCUGCGCGAUGCCAACGAGGCUCAAGGUCGUGUAUCUGAGCCGGCUGCUAUUGAGCAAUUGCAGUUCCAUCCCAGUCCGCAUACGCAUGUACUUCUCACUGCUUCACGAGACAGGCGUGUACGCCUGUUUCAGAUUGACGGCAAGACCAACCCUAUGCUCGAAUCACUUCAUGUACCGGAUUUGCCUGUAAAGACGGCCAUAUUUCAUCCAGCAGGCACAUCUGUAUUGAUUGCCGGUCCGCGACCCUACCUGUAUGCGUAUGAUAUCCGCUCGGGCAAGACGUUGUGCUCGAGUCCUUGGCGAGGUGCAGGCCGAGUCGUGUCCAGCGCAGUGGGUACGGAAGCGGAUGCUGGUGCUGAGCGGGACUUGAGCUUUGUGCGUUUCCAACCCGGCGCUUCGUCUCGACUGGUGGCUGUAGGUGGCCGUCGUGGCCAGGUCCACCUCCUGGACUGGGGCGCUGGCGCUGCAGGUCAGAUGGGUGGCCAGCGCAUCGGUGAACUCCGCAUGAAUGCGCCGCUCGCUGGUAUGGCAUGGGCAGGGGAGACAGAGCACCGCCUCCUGACGCUUUCUACCGAGGGUCGCAUUCACGUCUGGGACCUGCGCAGUCGAUCAUGCCCCGUCACCGCGUAUGAUACCGGCCUAUUUGGCGCCAAGGGUCUAGAAGUCACGAUGCCACAUUCAAUGGUGCCGCCCUAUUGGGCCAUUGGCUCCUCUAAUGGUAUUGUCAACAUGUACGGUGGACAGAGCACGGAUUCUGCCACCACAAGCACACAGCUGGAAGAGCUGCUUGCUGCCCCCACGUCUGCUUCCGUCAUGGAUGACGUUCGAUUGACGGCACGCAAGUCCCUCGGCAACUUGACUACCGCCACGACUUCAAUGCGAUUCAGUCAUGACGCACAACUUCUGGCCCUCGCCAGCCGAAACAAAAAAGACGCGCUUCGUGUGGUGCAUGUGCCCUCUUUGCAAGCGUAUUCGAAUUGGCCAACGUCAGGCACGCCGCUGGGCCAUGUGACGUCGAUCGACUUUUCAUCUCACAGCGAGUACUUGGCCAUCGGCAACUCUCGCGGCCGUGUAUUGCUGUAUUCACUGCGUUCAUAUCUCUAG